GAACCGGCUUCUGUCGUACCCCUAAAACGAGGAAGAUCUUUGCUACAAGUGCAUACCCCGCCUGCAUCUUCAUGUGCAUCACUGGCAAGCUUUCGGUCAAACUCCUCUGACUCUCCACCCAAAAAGUCCCGGAGGACCUCUCGCUCAAAAACGUCUGCGCACAGCUCAAGAUCUGGGGUUGAACCUAUCACUCCUAAGCCGGCAAGGCCUGCGCUGCGCUCAAAAUCUCUGCCUCCUGAAACGUCCGCUUCGCGUGCAUCCCUGCGUCUUGCCCUUCGCACACACCCAUACAUCAACAGUCGGACAAGCCUCAGUCAAUCUCUUCGCGCCGCCCACUCUCAUGACUCAAACAGAGGUGCUGCAACCUCUGCGAGUCCGCUGCUGAGGUCAUUUGCAAGCCCUGCGCCAUCGGAUAACACGAUCAAGGGGAAGGGGAAAACGUCUACUCGUAAACAGCAUAUGUCCCGCAUGACUGAUCAGCCGAGUUCUUCGAGCAUGGUGCUUCCGGAAACGCGAGCACGACCAAGCUCUCCUCCGCUCAUGUAUCCGCCGACACCGCCUAUCGAUCCAACGCCGAUCUCUGAAAUCCCCCCUCUGCCAGACUUUUCUCCUUCACCUCGAGUCUGUCAGGGCUCGAGCGUCGAUGGUACAGGGACGUCAACACGUAAUCUUGACGAUGUGGUCAAAGGCAAAGACGCGGCUGCCUCUGAGUCAGACUCGACAUUGCAUUCGUAUGAGCUGGACGAGGUAGUUGGCUUGCCAUGGGUAUCAUUCGUAUCAGAUCAAACGGACGUGUAUAUCCCUCCGGUCAUACACCGGCUUAUCGACGCUAUGAAACGCGAACUGGAAGCAGAGACUCGAGCCCGGUACCGCGCGGAAAGCAUGUACAAUGAAGAAUUGAGGAAGCGCGUCGCCCUUGAGCAGCGCCUGGAGCAACUAGAGGCGGCACGGCAGGAGUGAAUGCAGCGCAGCCCUCCGUAUUCACUUGCACGAAUGGGUGUUGUCAAAUUGCAAAGUUACUCGCGUCUGAUUCGCCAUUUACCUCCGAAACAUUGGUUCUAUAAUCUUAUAAGCCAUUCGGAACUCAUACUGGGUAACAUGUAUUUAUGCAUGAAUAGAGGAUACACAUGUGGACCACAACACCGUUGAAGAUGAUGUACAGAACAUGAACUAUGUCUUUAGUAUGAUGCAAACCAGGGAAGAUGACCAAGAGUGUUAUUUGUAAUAUGUUUAGCUGUUGGAAGUCAAGAAAAGAAGUAUAAUGAUAAGGAGCUUUGAUGUUAUUAUGAUAAAUGAUAUGUGCAAUUUCAGUCCGUUUGACGAAUGGUAUGAUAGGUCCGGUUUUUCUUAUCCUUCACCAGUUGUAAGUACACACAGGUCAAGCUUGAUAUUAGUGCCAAAGUUCGCCUGCCUGGUUAGCAAGACUGUGAUCCUCGACACCCGACGCGUCAAGCGCGCGUACACGGGAGUAAUCGUCCAGCCCACCGGCGCCGCCGGCGAGCGCAAGGCUCAGAGCUGCGAUCGCCUUUUCGCUGCGCGAAGCAGUGGUCGGGAGGGGAAGUGGACUGUGCGGGAAGCUGCACGCCUCACAGGGAUCAAAGCUUGAUGGCAUGUCAAGCUCGAGCGGUCCGAGCGCUGGAAGCCGAUGCUCUGCACGGAACAGAAAGGGCUGUGAAGGGGCACUGGGAGAUAAACACGGAGAGCUCGAUGCAGACGUGGACAAAGGCGUCGUGGAGAGGGAUGCCGGGUGCGUUGAUGGAGACGAGGUGGAUAAGAUACAGUCAUCGUCCACGUCCAUGUCAAACUCGAUGUCCGUCUCCUGGGUUGCAUGAGAACGAUCCCUGCUGGCACGAAAUGGGAAACCACCUAAAGAUGGGAGGGCGGAGAAUAUCUGUAUGUCAUCUACGUCAUCUGCAGGGUCCUCCUCGUCUUCAGAGCGGGUAGGCACACGGUUUGCAGUUGGGGAGAGGCGUUUCCUGCGGAGACGACGCUUAUAGACGCCUUUGGGAUGGGAGACGGAGCGCGUCCUAAUAGCUUGAUCUCUUGAACGGGAGUGCUCGAGGUCGCGCAUACGGCGAACGAGAUCCUCCCCAUUCUCCUCAAUCGACUUGCGUAGCUCGCCGAAUGCAGAUGCCCGAAGCUGCGCUACCUCGGCAAGUUCAGCGGGAGAUAUGCCUUGUGAUUCCGUGGGAUCCUCAUGCAUGCGAUGAGACGGAGACGCUAUGAAUGGUGCGGGAUGAGAGGCGAGAAAGAAGUCUGCGGGAGAUGAGGCAAAGAAGGGAGUACGCGGGGAAGAAGAGGAGGUGGAACGACUCUCGCCACUCGAUGAGAAAGGAUUUGCAGGGGAGCAAGAUGUAUGAUACGGUGAGGGAUCUCGCCUAAGUCUCUUAUUGAAAUCAUUCCAUCCGUCGUUGGUAUAUGGAUAGGCAGAAUCCAAAAGAUGGGGGGACGAGCUGCUGCUUCGAUGGGACGAAUGAAGCCUCUUGACGGACAACCGGUGGGGUGGGCGGGAAGUGGGGAGCGGAGAAGCGAGCGGAGAUG